UAAGAGAAAUUUUGUUUUUUUGUUUUUUUUUUUCCGUUGGACAGACAUGUUAUGAGUCCCUCCGCGGAGUCCCACUCCACCGCCAUCUUUGGCGUCAUUACAACUGUUCUUCGCCGGAAACCUAACAACUCUCAUCACUCUCUGAAAAUCGUGCCGCAGCUUGAAAAAGCUCCUCUCCAGUGCCAACCAAGGUUUUCUCUUUCCACUGGGAACCUAUAACAGCAUUGCAAGUUCGUUGAUCAUUGCGCUUUUUUUCAGCACAGGUUUCAUCCUCACAAACCAUUUUUCGUUUCUGCAAUCACCGCCGAACUCACUUUUUAGACUAUGCCAUAUUCUGAAUUUUGGAGGCAAAGUUAGUCCUAUCACUGUUGUCGCUGGCACAAAUUUUCUGAUUCACUAGGUUUUAGGGUUAUAGUAAAAACUAUUUCAAUUCUCUAUUAAUACUAACAGUUCAGGCUAAUCCAUUGUAGCAGCAUUGACAUUGUGAAUUUGUGACUCAACAGAGUGAAUAUAUGACCUAUUGGCUUUAGGUUAGGUAAUCUUUAAACUCCUUGUGUCCCUUAACUUUUACUGCAUUUGGUCUCAAAUGCGAUGGACAUAACAUCCUAACCAAAUAAAAGGAAAAAAUAAAUAUAAAAAUAAAGGAAUGGCCAAUGAUUAGGUGCAAAAUUGUAUAUUGUGUAUUGACCUACCCAGAGAAACUUCUACUUUUAGUGUUAUUUUCUGUAGGUUCGCACUCUUGCAUUUUCGGUGUUGUGGGAUUGAUUGGACGGGGAUAGAGCUAUUUCUAUCCCAUGUUCUAAUGGUUACCCAAUACAACCAUUGCUCAGAUGGAUCCGCAUGCUGAAGAGUUGCCUCCUCAGUACAUACAUAUAAGUCAGAAUGAAUUCUUUUUGCGAAGACAUAAGAAGCAGAAGGAAGAGGAUAUCGCUGUAUGUGAAUGCAGAUAUGAUGCUGAUGACCCUGAUAGUCCAUGUGGGGAUAGCUGUCUGAAUGUAUUAACCAGCACUGAAUGCACCCCUGGUUAUUGCCCUUGUGGUAUCUUAUGCAAAAAUCAGAAAUUUCAGAAGUGCGAAUAUGCUAAAACAAAGUUGUUUAAAACUGAAGGUCGUGGGUGGGGCCUUUUGGCUGAUGAAAACAUCAAGGCAGGACAAUUUCUCAUUGAAUACUGUGGAGAAGUAAUAUCAUGGAAAGAAGCCAAACGUAGAUCCCAGGCUUAUGAAAUUCAAGGUCUUAAGGAUGCAUUUAUCAUUUGCCUUAAUGCUUCUGAAUCCAUUGAUGCAACCAGAAAAGGAAGCCUUGCCAGAUUUAUAAAUCAUUCAUGUCAACCAAACUGUGAGACAAGAAAAUGGAAUGUGUUGGGAGAAAUACGAGUUGGAAUAUUUGCAAAACAUGAUAUUCCUAUUGGAACUGAAUUGGCAUAUGACUAUAAUUUUGAAUGGUUUGGAGGUGCGAAGGUUCGCUGCCUUUGUGGUGCACUCAAAUGUUCUGGAUUCCUUGGAGCAAAAUCUCGUGGUUUUCAGGAGGAUACUUAUCUAUGGGAAGAUGAUGAUGACAGGUACUCUGUUGAGAAAAUUCCUAUAUAUGACUCUGCAGAAGAUGAACCACUGUCAAACGUUAAUGGACAAACUGAACAUUCUUUGGAUGUUAUACUUAAAGCUGAGCAACUACCGGAGCCCACUGCUUUUCAUGUUCAGCAACUUGAUUUAGUUCAGAUGAAAGGUUUAGAUGUCAAGAAGAUUAAAACUGAUGUUGAUGAGGAUAUGAACUUGUACUCCCAGGAUACUGAACAGGCCCUUUCACAAAAGAAUGCAAUGAUAUCACGUGUCCGAAGUAAUACAGAAGGCAGAAACUAUCGCAUUGGACCUAGGUCCAUAUCUACCAAAAGAGCAAAGGCUUGUAAUGCUGGAAGGUUUAAAAAUCUCAUACAAAAGAAAAUUGAUGCAAAGUUUGCAGCUGGCCUCUUGGCAUCCAAGGAAGCACAAGAGGAGAUUUUGAAUAAUGAGAAAAGAAAGGAUGACGCUACUGCUGCUCUUGAUUCCUUAUAUGAUGAAAUACGGCCUGCCAUUGAAGAACACGAGAGGGAUAGCCAAGACAGUGUAUCUACGACUGUAGCAGAGAAGUGGAUACAAGCUUGCUGCCUGAAAUUGAAGGCGGAGUUUGACCUUUACUCGUCAAUUGUCAAAAAUGUUGCUUGCACUGCUCAAAAGACUCCUAGCCAAGCAAAACCUACUGAAGUAGAUAUCGAAAAUGAAAUUAAGCUUUUGACAGGUUGAAAUUCUUUUCACAUUUUUUCCCCAUCUUUAAUCUGUAAUCUACAAUUUCAUCAAAUAUAUAUGGGCAACUGAGGAAACUUAUUUUUUUGAAAUUCAUGAAAUGAAGGAACCAAGAGGGCGAGAAAA